GUUGCCAACAGCACCCCAACCCCUUCCCCGCCCCAUGCAGCCCCCCCCCGGAGGCAGGAUGCAGAAGGAUUCCAGCGUGUACCAGGAUGCAGCCACGGCAGUGGCGGGUGACAGGCUGGGUGCUGAGGGGACAGAGACACAGCUGGAUGACUUUGUGGGUGCUCACCCCGACUACAACGAGGAGGAGGAGGAGCACAAGUUCUUCCGCCGCAAGCGCCUGGGGGUCAUCAAGAACGUGUUGGCCGCCAGCCUGGCCGGGACCCUCACCUAUGGGGUGUACCUGGGCCUGCUGCAGAUGCAGCUGAUCCUGCACUACGACGAGACGUACCGGGAGGUGAAGUACAGCAACAUCCAACUGGAGGACAUCGACCGCAAGGUGUUGAUGGGCAUCAACGUCACCCCCAUCGCGGCGCUGCUCUAUACCCCCGUCCUCAUCAGGUACAGCACUCUCCAUGCUGCCCAACAGCCUUCCCAACGGGAAUCCGUGCUUCCCUCUCCAAUCCCUGGCAGGUUCUUUGGCAUCAAGUGGGCCAUGUUCCUCGCCGUGGGUAUCUACGCCUUCUUCGUCUCCAGCAACUACUGGGAGCGCUACUACACGUUGGUGCCUUCCGCCGUGGCCAUCGGGGUGGCCAUCGUGCCCCUCUGGGCUUCCCUGGGCAACUACAUCACCAGGAUGGCCCAGAAGUACCACGAGCACGUCAACUACAAGGAGGAGCAGCGGGCACCACGAGGGGCCAGUGAUGCCUACAUCAUCGUCUUCCAGACCAUCUUCUAUGCCUUCUUCCACUUGAGCUUCGUCUGCGCCCAGAUGCCCAUGCUCUUCUUCCUCAACGACUACCUCUACCAGCUCAACCACACGCUCUUCGGGGUCAAGCACUGCGGGACCCUGAGCCACGGCACCCUGCCCGGCUUCAACACCACGGUGCUACAGAGCCUGCCCCGCAGCGUCAACCUCAUCGUGGUGGACAGCGUGCUGAUGGCGGCUGCCUUCCUCGCCAUGCUGGUGGUCCUGGUGCUCUGCGGUGCAGCCUAUCGACCCACGGAGGAGAUCGACCUGCGCAGCAUCGGCUGGGGGAACAUCUUCCAGCUGCCCUUCAAGCACAUGAGGGACUAUCGCCUGCGCCACCUCUUCCCCAUCUUCAUCUACAGCGGCUUCGAGGUGCUCUUUGUCUGCACCGGCUUCUCCCUGAACUAUGGGGUGUGCGCCCUGGGGCUGGAGAAGCUGGCCUAUCUCCUCAUGGCCUACGGGCUGUCCGCCUCGGCCUGCUCCAGCCUGGCCCUGGGCAUGCUGCGCCUGCAGCGGCACAUCCCGCUGCUGGCUGGAGCCUUCAUCCACGCUGCCCUCCUGGUGACGCUGUUCUGCUGGGCACCGGAGCCCCGGCUCGUGGGCCAGGCUCCUCUGCUCUACGCCAUCGCCGCGCUCUGGGGCACGGGGAGCGCCCUCAACAAGACCAGCAUCAGCAUCCUCCUGGGCAUGUUGUACAAGAACAAGGAGCGCCAGGACUUCAUCUUCACCAUCUACCACUGGUGGCAAGCCCUGGCCAUCUUCACCGUCUACCUGUGGUCAGAACUACCCAUGAAGGCCAAGCUCUCCAUCCUGCUGGCGACGCUGGUGGCGGCGGUGGGGGCCUACGUGCGGAUGGAGCAGCGGCUGGGGCAGCACGUGGAGUACCGCCUGCCCCGCAUCCCGCGCCCGCGCCACCGCAUGCGCGGCUACCGCUACCUGGAGGAGGACGCCUCGGACCAGACGGGCUCCGAGGGCGAUGGGGACGGCGAGGAGGAGCAGGAGGAGCGCCCAGCACCGGCCUCCAGCCGCGAGGAGCUGCCCACAGGGGAUGAGGAGCAGCGGGGUUAGAGCCGCCCGGCCCGUUCCAGCCCUGGGAGGCGGCCC